CAGUUUGAUGAGGAAUCUAUCGUAUCCAGGAGGAGACAAGGUUUUCCUUACAGAUCCAAUUUUGAGACCUAUCAAAGGAACUGCAGUGUUUGGUAUGACUGUUACCUACACAAGUCCAUCUCAAGUCUAUUUGUCCAUCCUAAGUCUAAGGAUAUUGAGGACAAAGUAAUUCAAUUCUCAUAUUGACUAUUUUGAUACACACACACUGAUAAACAAACACACAUUCAAUUGUUUUUUUGCCGGCUAAUGUUUUGUGAUUUGUACUGUUUUGUUAGCUCACUAAAGUGAAUCUAUUUGUUGUGUUGCUUUGUCUUACUUGAACUCCAACGAACCUAGCAGCGGUGUAUUUUCCCAUAGAUGGGUUACAUGUAUUUUUAUAAUCUGUGUGUUUGUGUUUAUAAUCAGUGUGUGUUGUGAUGUGUGUGAGUAUUGUGAUGUUUGUGUGUGUGAGUGUGAGUAUUUGUUCUCUUGUGCAUAAUUUUAAUGUCAGUUUAUAAAUAGAGCAGCCGCUAAACUGCUAUUACUCAUUCUCUCACAAUACCAGUCACACGAUGGCAAGCGCGAGUGAGCCGCAUGCAAAGGCGAAACUGCAGAGAAAAGCAAAUAAGAUCCAUGAAAAGAAGGCGGAAGCAGAUAAGCAGCAUCAAAAGGUGGCAUUCCUGUGGAGUAAAGCGGGUGACUUGCUUGCAGAGAAGGUGAAGCUGCUGUGUGAUGUGGAUACGCAGCGUAUAGAAGAGGAGCGACUGCUAAGUACAGCGGAUACGCUGCGUUUAAAUGAGCAGCGGCUGCGAAAUGAAGGGGAAACUGUGUGUAGAUUUUGUGGUGCUGAGGUUUCAAGCGUGUAUGAAGAAGAAAAAGGAAGAGCAGCUGCUGUGUAAAGUGGAUGAGCUGGAACAAAAGGAGAGGCAGCUGUGGAGUAAAGCGGAUGAGCUGCAAAAUUGGUGAAGGAAGAAGGAAGGUGAGGUGAAGGAAGAGCAGGUGCAGCUACAAUGUAAAGUGGGUGAGGUUGAUGAAGAGCAGGUGCAGCUACAAUGUAAAGUGGGUGAGGUUGAUGAAGAGCAGGUGCAGCUACAAUGUAAAGUGGGUGAGGUUGAUGAAGAGCAGGUGCAGCUACAAUGUAAAAUGGGUGAGGUUGAUGAAGAGCAGGUGCAGCUACAACGUAAAAUGGGUGAGGUUGAUGAAGAGAAAGAGCAGCUGCUAAGUAAAGUGAAUGAUGUGUGUGAAGAACAGUCGCUGCUGCAGAGUGGUGCGAAUUUGCAGCGUGAAAAGUUGGCGAAGCUGCUGCAUAAAGUGAAUUCGCUGUGUGAAGAACAGGUGAAGCUGCAGCGUGAGAUAGAUGUGGAGCUUGAAACUGAGGCGGAGCUGCAGAGUCAAGUGAAUGUCCUGUGUGAAAUGGAGGCGAAGCUGUGGCAUGAAACAGAUAAUCAGCAUAAACUGGAUCCGAAUCCGUGUCCUCAAGCGGGUGCGUGGCAAGAUAAACUUAGGCGGUGGUUGUUCUCGGCAUCCUGGUGGAUGUUGCUGGCAGCCACAUGUAUUUUAUACAUCAGUGUGAUCCUGGACGGAGGGGUCAACAUCCACAAGGCCGUGAAGAACAAGGAUCCCUCCAUUAAAUGGCUGACCAUCUGCUGCGUCAUCUUAGAACUCACCAGCUUGAUGUGCUCUAUUUUAAUUGUGUUAAUUAAUAACAAGGCAAGGACCUAAACCGAAGCCCAGUGUCUUGGACCUUAAGAAAACAAACUGAUCCAAAGUGCUACUGAGACGAUGAGGACGCCCACCUGUGUUCUCUGGAUGCGCUCGUCCACUGAGGCAUGGUUGGCUUGGUCUUCUGGAGGCGAGUUCUGCUGCAUAGCUGAGGACAGAGAAAGGAGAAAUAACUACAUCACGCCUCAUUCGUGGCCUGGAAAUUAUUCAGGCAGAAAAUGCAAUUUUUAUACAGUACAGUUGAAGUGUUUGACCUUUGACCUGCAGAUCACAAACAAUGCACACAUUGGUAGGAAACUGAAAUGAGGUGUGAGGAGUUUGUAAUCCUGCAGAGGUUAAACAAGUAAAAACAUACUUGAGUGUAGACCAGAGGUUUACGUGUAUUAUUGAGUGUGUACGCACUUUCGUCAGGGUUGGGAGCUGAGAGGAUCAUACUGUGCUUCUUUUUCACUUCGUUCACCUGCGAGGAAAUUUUAUAAAUGUUAACACCUUACUUCCUCCACCUGAAACACAUUCAGUCAAUUUGUUCAGACAAUCUUAUGUAUUCAAUUCCAUUUUAUUUACCUGCUGUCAUGUUUUUAUUAAUAGUUUUUACAUUUCUUACACUAUGUCCUUUAAGAGUUUAGUCAUUUGACCGAAAUUCUGCAUCAUUUAUAAAUGACUUUAGUGAUGAAUGUAAACAAAGAUGUUUGUACCUUUCUGAAAAAGCCUUCCAUAAAGCCACCUCAAUCCAGUGGAACCACGAUGCUGCCAUCUUCUUCAUCGAUAGGCCUCCCCUACAAUCAGGAAUCAUAGAAUACACUGCUGAUUUGUUCAAAUAAAAUAGAAAUUUCUUGGUUUUAAAAUAGAAAACUAGAUUUUUUUAAACUUUGAUGUUGGCUUGAGGAAGCAAGAAAUGGACCACGGGUCAGCAAUAAUUUUGGAGGUGAGUGGACAUAAGGUGCCAAAACUUUUGGUGGUGAGUGGACAGAUAGGGUGGCAAUACUUUUGCAGGCGAGUGGACAGAGGGUGCUAAUACCUUUGCAGGCGAGAGGAUACGAGUACGUGACGUUGCGAGAAUGCACAUAAUCCAGUUCUCCUUAUUAAAUCAAGUGUUUUCAUACGUCACACGUGAACGUUGCGGCAAUUUUGCGAUUCACUUCAUAUAGGGGGUUGACGUGCACGUGUGUGUUGUCACGUGACAUCAUUAGAACACCCGUGUCGAAGUUCUCGACAUUGUGCUGAGCAUUUUAAGAUGUCACGUGUGUCUGGUGACGUAACAUUGUGUUAGCUGGUCUUUCUAACUAACAAGACAGGAAUAGUGCCAGUAUGUUCAA